AUGCAUAUAGAGAACUCAAUCAACGAAAAGUACAUUCGUACUCUUAAUUUCGGAUGUUUCCCCAAGAACAUAUUAUUAUUCCAAGACUCACAAGACUAUUUCCAACAAUUAACAUUUGUAGACUACCAAUUACAACUCCUCAUUGAACAUGAAUUCAAAAGUGAUGAAUUAUUGCCCGUGGUAUACAUGCCUCAGGUGACCGAAGAAACUCGUGAAAAGUUAACACUGUUGAUCAGUUAUGGAUUAUCUGUAUCCUUGAAUUAUGAAAAUAGAGAAAAGAGCUAUACCGAAGAGUUGUAUUUCGCAGUGAUAAUGGCACAUUUAUAUUGGCUUGAUAACAACGUUCAAGAAAUGGCAAAAUCCUUAUCUGCAAUUUCGGUAGUAAAUCCUAAUUUUUCCACAACACCUGAACAGCUUUUAUUCAUUAAAUAUUUGACAUGUAGAUAUUAUGUGUUGCUUGGAUGUGCAAGUAAGAAUAGUGUAUCUAUUUGGCUGGAUUAUUUAUCUCAAAUUCGCAUCCCCUUUACGAAAUCUCAUGUUAUUGCAAGUCAUUGGUUAGAUCUCCUUAUGGGAAGAUUAACCUUCGCAUUAAGUGAAGGUAGUGAUGGGCCCUUAUCAUUCAUAAAUAAUAUCAAGCAUGUGUCAUUUUUCCCUAAUCGAAAUGUGUUCAUUGCAUAUUGUAAUUAUUUAUUAAGGCCUGAUAAUUCCGAUCUCAUUAAUGUUAAUUUCAAGACUGAAUACUCAAGUUUCUUGACCCAGGAAAUUGAAGAUAAAAUUCAAACAAAGACACCAUUUCCAGAUGCAUUCAGUAAAGAUGCAACUAUCAAUAAUUAUAUUUAUAACCUUUAUGAAUCAUUAAGUUAUGUUCCUUUCAAUCUUGCUAUUUUAAAACCAACUUUAUCUAAGAAAUUUUUAGUUGAUGCUUCAGCAAAGACAUAUCAAAGCACGGUAGUAUUAUCCAAUCUAAUCUAUACAUUAAUCGACUUGGGUGAAUAUGAUGAAGCCUUAGCCGCGUUCAAGACUUAUAUUGAAUAUAUUGAACACGAACAGGAAUUGAAUGACGGCAAAAUUGAAGAUAUCUUGGCAAUUAUUGACACUUAUAGUACUUGUAUUAUUCAUUUCAAUCCUUUAAAAUCAUUCAAGAACAAAGAAUUACAGAAAUUUAAAUACAAUGACGAUACUAUUGUUGUAGAAUAUUUGAAACGAUUUGUGAAUAGUUUAAUGGGAUAUUUAAAUACAUUGCAAGAAUUUGCGGAUUUGACUUAUGAUGAUGAAAAUGAUGCUGCUGAUAAAAAUCCAUUAUCUUUCUUAUACCGCAGAUACAAUCCAAGUGUUUUACUUUCAGACCAUUCACAAUUCAUUGAAUUAAUUUCAAAAGCAUGGUAUUCGAUGGGAUAUACCUACUAUUAUUUGUCAAUGUAUGAAUCACCAGAUCAAACGGCAUUGGAGUAUAAUGUAAAUCAAGUUCUCAGAACAUAUAAGAAUAGUUUGAUAGUGAAUUCAACUGGUAAUGUACUUUAUUUGUCAAGUUAUGUUAUGGCAUUAGCACAUCAGCGAGAAUUGAAGUCUGCUAUUAAAUUGUGUAAAUUUAUUUUGAAAAAAUAUCCAGAAUCAUUUGUAACUUGGAAUUUGUUAGUGUUAUUAUUAACUUCAUUUGAAACAAAUAGUCCGUCUACAACAAAGCCUUUAGCAACCAAUGAUCCCCAACCUCCACAAAAUGGAUUAACUACAAAUGGGGAUAGACCAGAUUUAGCAAAUUCUAGUAUUAAUGGCACUGUGGAUGGACAAAUUGAAGAUGAAAAACCAUCUGUUCGUGAAUCAGAAAAGUUCAUUAACAAAGCCUUGAAUAUUGCCGGAUUAUUUGUGGCAAAGCAUGUUCAACGUGAUAUCAAAUUAACAAAUGAAGCCAAAUAUGAAAUUUUGCAAUUGAAAUUAACCCAACUAGCCGUGUUAGAAUCCAUUCAUGGGGUACAAUACAUUUUGGAUUAUUUGUCGGAUGUGUUUGUAUUAUAUCAUGAAUUAUUUGAUGUCGAUUUGAAAUCGGCUCCUCCAGCUAUGAAGCAACGUGAUUCAUCCCGGCAGUUUGGGACUUCUGAAAGAUGGUCCCAUCGUCCAAGUUUUAUUGACCCUUCUCCAAUGAAGAUGCUUCCUCCAACGCCUAUAAAGAGAUCUCAAACCAAGAUUCAACCUCCGGGACAACCAGGAUUGGAGCCAGUAGUAUCUAAUUCCAGUAAUAUCAAAGCAGCCACAGUUGAUAGACUUAAGAGAAUCUCCAAGAUUAACAAGAAUUCAUCCGAGGGAAGGAGAGACUCAAUUGUACAAUCGCCAACGGAUAAGACGGCACCAGCAACGACACAAGCAAUUGUGAAAUCCCCCCAGCAAAAUACUGUUGAACGUAGGAUCUUGCAGGAAAUCUGGCUUUGGACUGGUAGACUCUUUUUCAAGGUUGGAUUAUUUGAUGAAGCUGAACAAUGUAUACUUGAGGCUGAAACUAUAUAUGAACCAAACAUGAAGACAUUCACUGCAUUGGGGUAUUUGACUAGUAAGACACGAAAAUUCUUGUCAUUACAAGAAUUUGAACGUUCAUUGGAGAUAUUGAAUCAAAAUAAAUAUAAUAAAGUUGAUUAUGGAACGACAUUAUUGGGACUUGCCAAAUUAUUUUUACUUGAUGAUGAGAAGGAUAAUUCAUUAUUUAUUUCUGAAAAGGAUUUGAAUUCAGCUAUUAUCAGAUUGAAGAAUAUGCUUGAAAUGUAUUCGUUGUCUUGGCCAUAUGGAUAUACGAAUUCAGAAGUAUGGUUCUAUUUAUCCAAGAUUUAUGAAAUCAUUGAUGAUAAGAUAAUGUUGACCAAGAGUUUAUGGAAAUGUGUUGAAUUGGAAGAUUUUAGACCUGUAAGACAAUUCGAGAUUUGUGAUCAUUCAUUAGUUUAG